CUAGGAGGUUCCCUCAAACUCAUGAAGAGUAAAUCGAAUCUACUACUUUUGGGUUGCGAACAACGACCGAUUUGUUUUUGCUAAUUACUUUUGUUGAGAAAAUGUAGCACAGUAGUAUUCAUUGAUGAAAGUAUUUUAAAUCACACGACUACUUCGAAAUGUCGAUGUAGGUGGACUAAAGAAAGCGCACGAAAACUUGAGUAUUAACGGAUGGUGUCCGAUCUCAGGAUGCAGUGGUUUUGGAUAUUAUACCCCAAUUUACUUAUUUGGUUUCACCACUGUACAUCAGCUUUGACGUUGGAGAGCAAGACCCUGUUCACAUAUGACGAGUCCUACUACGAGUACGUACCCGACAGGCUACCGUGGCAUGGGGCCGGACACCUCUGUAGCCAGCGCUCGGGGGCCUUAGCCACGGUAUCCAACACCUUCGAGAACCGAGAGCUCACCACCUUCUUAAAGUCCCUGAACAUAACUCACCCCGUGUGGAUUGGCAGGAAAGUCAUGACACACUUAAAGAGUUCCACCGAGACCCUUAUCCUGGAGUUUGACGGGAGAUCUGACGUGAAGAACGCGCGCCUCCUGCACAAGUUCCCCGCCAUGUGCGAAGUGACCGUUUGCACCCGUGUCCGCUUCGAUCCGGCCUGCUACGGAUUUUCCACUGUCUUCUCUUAUUCCAUCCAGUCAUUCAUUAAUGAGUUCCAGCUCCGCGCCAGGCUGAUCCAGGGCCAGCCCGUCCAGCUGGCUCUGUUGGUCCAUGGCAUGCACGGGCCCUACCAGGAGGCCUUCCGCCAUGAUGGCUCCUGGCACUCACUGUGCGUGAGCUGGUCGCGCCACGGUGGACGCUGGGCCCUGUUUGCCAACGGCCAUCCGGUCAACCGGGGCGACAGCCUGUACAGCGCAGGUGACGUGGGCCCUGAUGGCCACUUCAUCCUGGGCCAGGAGCAGGACUCGUUCGGGGGCUCGUUCAAGAGUGCAGAGUCCUUCUCGGGUAGUCUCACGCAGCUGCACAUUUGGGAGCGGAUGUUGAACGACAGCGAAAUCCACACCAUGGAAAAAGAGUGCUCUCCCGCCUCAUCUGGGCUGGUAUUCAAGUGGAGUGCCACAGUCCUGGAAGUGGAGUCCUCCCUGAAGAGACUCUGGGGAGACUCGCCGUGCCAAGCUAACAGCAGUGAGUUGGCCGACGAGUUCCUGUACUCCCUGUUGGAUUCAGAUGUGGUGCCAUAUCACAACUUCUCUGAGGUGGUGGAUGCACCUCAGGCUGGAGAGUGUGUCACCUUUGACCCCCUGAGUGGAGGCUGGGGCUUAGACGUUUGUGACAGUCAGAGAGGUGCCGUCUGCCAGUUUGAGAAAGAGGUGUUGGACAUCUUCGGCUUUCCCAAGACAGCGUUUUUCAUUAAGGUGAUUGAGGACAUGAGCAUGAACGCGUCGUCUGAGAAAGACUUGGUGUCGCUGAGCGGACUGACUACCGUGCUGGUCAGGGUCCUGGAGGCCAGUCCGGACAUCCUCACAUCCACCGAUGUCCUCUACCUCACCGAGAUGAUGAAACUGGAGGCCACCACCACCACCCAGGAGGUCAACCAUGCCCAGGGUGGCCUAGACUCUGCCGAGGCCAUGGUGUCCAUUGCCACCAACUACCUGAAACUGGCCAGUCUCAUCCUGGACUCUAAGAGGGCCACCCAGUGGCUAGGUCGGCUGGAGGACGUUACUGUGGGACCAUUCACUGUGGUGGAGAGCAUUGAUAAACUGACUGGAGCUUUAGCAGAUGUGCUAUCUGCCGAGUGGAAAAGCUUCACACUCUCCACGGAAAACAUAGAUGUGCACGUGGAGGCACAGAAGCUGUCCCAGAUGAGCUGCAGCUGUGUGUUUAAACCGUCAGUGUUUGGCGGUCACAGUAGAGGUAGUGGCCAGGACGAGCUGCUCAUCCCCGACACGGAGGUCCAGAGACUACAUGACUUGGGUCACAAGGAAGUGAUGUUCAUCCAUACGUACUACAGUCAUCUAAUGGAGAUCCAGUCUAGGAUGGAGCAGGAUACUUCUCCAGAAGACCAGAGUAAAAACACAGGUGUCCUCCCUGGUCGCCUGGCCACUGCAGUCAUCUCAGCCACGGUUCGAGACCCCUCCAAGGCCCAGAACAUCCCAGUGGCCAUCCACUAUACUUUGUCCUCCUCGCACGUGGUGGAGUAUUCGCAGCGAAUCACGCCUGUUUGCGUGUUUUGGAAUUUCACCCUAAUGACUGGAAAUUCUAACGGCUGGUCCAGCGAAGGUUGCAGGGUGACUCACACGAGCUCUGAUGUCACUUCCUGCUAUUGUAACCACACCACCAACUUCGCCGUCCUGAUGAAUUACAUGGAGUCCAAGUGGACUCAGGAGGAGGAGGAUAUUUUGACGAAGCUGACGUUUAUCGGCUCUGGGGCCUCUCUGUGCGCGCUGGUGUUGACCUUGAUGCUGUUCACCGUGCUGGACAUUCCCAAAUCGGACAGGACGUCUAUCCACAAGAACUUGUUCAUUGCGCUAACCUGUGCCCAGAUUGUCCUUCUCUGCAGUGGCUCAGCUGUCAACAACAAGGUGGCCUGCACCCUGGUGGCGGCCCUGCUGCACCUUUUCUUCAUGGCUGCCUUCAGCUGGAUGCUGGUGGAAGGACUGCUGCUCUGGAGCAAAGUGGUUGCGGUCAACCUGAGCGAGGACCAACACAUGAAGUACUACUACCUCAUUGGCUGGGGUCUGCCAGUGCUGAUAGUCACCAUCACCCUGGCCUCUGCCUCGGGGAAGUACUCUGCUGAUGGCCACUGUUGGCUCAGUGUGCAGAACGGGGUCAUCUGGGGCUUCGCAGGCCCUGUCAUUUUCAUAAUUAUGGUGAACAUCAUGGUUCUGAUGCGGGUGGUGGUCAUCACCAUCUCCACAGCCAAGAGGAGGUCCAUCAUGCUGGCAAUGGAUAGCAGUCCUGUGGAGCAGGCCUACGAGCAGAUCAGGGCUGCAGUGAAAGCGGUGCUGGUGCUACUGCCAAUCCUGGGCCUGACCUGGCUCUGUGGCGUCCUGGUGCCCUUCUCCAUAGUCAUGGCCUACAUCUUCAUCUUUCUCAACUCACUGCAGGGCCUGUUCAUCUUCCUGAUAUAUGGGGUGUACAACACAGAGGUUCGGAGCACAGUUAAAAGGAUCAAGGAGAGAAGAAAAGCGCUACGUUUUUCAAACUGUGCCAGCUCCAGACCCUCCAGCUCAUUGACCAGCUCCCGGCCCGCCAGCAGCCCCACACACAAGACCUGCUCCGGCCAGCCCAGCCCACUCCCUAACCCUACCUACCCCCACACCCCAGGCCUUGUGGAGGAGAACGCCAACAGAGGUCAGCUGUCCAUUCCUUGUGUCCCAAAGAGCCUAAAGGAUUCCCACAGUCAUGCUACAGGUGCCUUGAUCCCCAGAAUGGACAACCCUCCCAAAGCCAUGGAGGCCAUGCUAGGUGGAUGUAGCCUUCACGUACCCAUGAUGGACGUCGAGCUCACGUCUUGUUUCUCCCUCCCGAAACCCUAAUCCCCAGAAAACCUACGGCCUUGUAUAUUUAGGCGAACCCAUCUGUGGCCCUCAUUACCGCUCUGUCAUUUUGCUGUUGUUUUUCUUCUUUGUCUGCUUGUCUCUUGAGGUGGUGUUAAUUUUUAUAUAUAUUUUUUAUAUACUGAUUCCACAUGGUCUCUGUACAGUAUGUCAUUUAAUAUUUUUACUUUUUGUAAUGUUUUGUUGAACAACGUAUUAUUAAUUUACAACACGUUAAUUAGGUAACAAACGAUAAUAGAAUUCAAGGCUGUAUAAAUCCAUAUAUCGAAAGAAUAGGGCAGCACUUUCUUUUACCAAGUAGUAUGGAAUAGUGAUUUCAAUAUCUCCACCCAAAAAUGUGUUUAAAAUAAACAUACAGUACUCUUCACUGUUAAAAUAAUAAUUUUCACUGUACAUAAAGGUGCAUAUUUGCUUAAAAUGACCGGGAAUGCAACUAAAAACCUCCCCCGUUAAAUGAACCAUGUUGCAUUCUGAUUGAAUUAAUAUUACUCUGUGUAAAAAUGAAUGAACGGUAGAGUCACCUGCAGGAAGUGACAGCAAAGCGGUGUUGGCAUAUAAUUAUUUAUUGAAAUAUGAAGAAAAAGUCCAUCAGCUUUGAAAGAAACUCCCCAGAACAGGAAGUGGCAGGACAUAGUGUCAGUAUGGGGGGGGGGGAUGUGAGUGUGAGAGAGAGAGUGUUUGAGGACUUCCAAGGCAGCUGUAGAACUUUACCAGAACACACAGAAUGAGAUGGGGGACUGAUAGAGAUUGUCAUUAAAUACACACACUUAAGUAGUGGAUUCAUGCCAAAAUAAAAACUUUUUUUUUUUGACUAUUUUUCGAUACCAGUGGGGGGUUUUUCACCAUAGUGCAUCGCAUUUCGUAAUAACGUCUAUCGCAACAACAUUUGUCUAUCGCAACAACAUUUGUAUUUGUUUUGGCAUGAAUUUGCUUCCAUAGUUAAGCAGGGGACGAGAAUAGAAAGUACAAUACUUCAUGGGGUUUAAAGCCAAAAGUUUAGCCAAAAUAGUUUUUUUCUGUCUUUAAUAAAACGCACUGUUCAGAAUGGAUACUGAAUCAAUCAUUUACCCAACCACUAACAUUUACAAAAGCAGAAAUGUAUGUACUGAAGAUACAAAAAAUAUUUUUGAAUCACAGACGAAUGUGAAGUGGAUGAUGUGAUGGUUUUGAAGUGUACAUUAUAAGGGAAGGAACGAGCACAGGUUCAAUGCUGUAAAAAAUAAUUGUGAUUCAACACAAUCCAUAACGCUGAAGAGCAGCGCUGUAGCGCAAUUGAAAUUUGAAGGUUCCGAUUCAGCUGACAUAUGCAGCGUUUACCGUGAAUGCAGUCUCCACGAAUGCGGGAAUAAUGCCUUUACAUUUCUAUUGCGCUGUAGCGCAGGUCUUCAGCGCUACUGAUUGAAUCGAGCCCUUGAUCCAUUUUGACGUAGAUGACUUACAAAAUGUAGACAGGCGGACUGAUAUAUAUAUAUGUGUGUGUAUGUAUAUACAUAUGUGUGUUUAUAUAUAUAUAUAUGUAUCACAAAUGUUUGGGGCCUUAUUUGUGUAAGACAACAAUGUAAUUCCACAAAAGGACAUUACAGAAUGGCAAACUUCUGGAUGGCUGUGGGGGGGGGGGGGACUGUUUGUUCAUUCAGUUAUAACACAUCACAGGUAACCACAGCUCACGGGACAGAUGCAGUCUUUGGUAUCAAACAAACAGGGCUGAAAUGUGAAGCUAGUUGAAAUUCAAUGACAAGAAACAACUGAUGCAAGGACAGUAACAAUCACACCCAUUAACUUAAAUACAAUACUUAUAUUUUUUUCCAAUUUACAGCUCAGAAUCCCAUAGACAUGUAAUUUAAAAAAAAAAUGAUAUUGAUAAUUUCUAAGAUAAUUGUUUUGUUCCUGAACUGCAUCAAUACAUUUAAAAAAAACAUGCAACAGUAAACAAAUAUAUUUGGCCUUGUCACCUUGCGCUUAUAACACACAAGAACAAAACCCAGGGCUGGAUUCAAUCUGUAUCGCCAAAGUAUUGCGGAAGUUCUGCGUUAAAAUUGAAAGGUCAUUUCAGAUUGAGCCUACAUAUGCAGCAUUUACCAUGAAUGCAGUCUCCGCGACCGCUGGAACGUUGCCUUUAAUUUCAUUUGUGCUAUGAAGCGGAUCUUCAGCCCUACGAAUUGAAUAGAGCCCCAAGACGCAAUAAAUUAUUUUCAUUUUUAAGCGUAACCAGUGACAUACAUUGAAAGCUAGAACAUUGAAAAACAAUUCUAAAUAAAGCAAGUAUCUGAAACUGAACCCUAACACAAUAUGCACAUUUUUUGAAUGCCAACAGAAAAACUGUUUUAGAAAUUAAAUGUUUUAAGUGAGAUUCCUUUUUGAUUUUAGUGUCUCACGACAUAAUUAUGUACUAGUCAAAGAAACAAAGAAAAAAGUUCAACACUGUACACGCCAAAGAAAGCAAACCAGAGGAAUCAAUUUUGUGUUUUUAGUUUUUUUAGGAAAUCAUUGCUUUGCAAUUUGCCUUGUCACAGUUAUCUCCCACAGGACCGCUUGAAUGUAAACACCACUUGAAUUAUUCUUGUUUUUAUUUUUUUACAUUAAUACUUUAUAUAUAUAUUUGUACAUAUUUUCAUUCACAUCUGCACGGUUAGCUAGCAUCGUAAUGAAAUAAGGCAAGACUCACAUAACUGUGACAUCACAAAUGUAUAAUACUGAUACUUAAGGUUUUGUUACUUUUUUUGUUUGAUGUUGUUCUGCAGCAGGCUUUGGUCUGUUCGGACAAAAGGCAGUGUUUCUCAAAUCUAAAAUCAUGCUUUCUUUCCAGUUCUAACGAAAGGGAUACAUAUUUUUGGGGGAGGGGGGAAUCACACUCCAUAUCUGUCUAUGCAACCAUAAAAUAGCCAUGUAGAACAUUCAAAUAACUUAUCUAUGGUGUGUAAAACACAUUUUACUGAGGUAAAUGGUAAACAUUGUUGAUAUGAGAUCCUUUUGGGGUGGUUACAGGGUGGAUUACAAAGAGGAGCCUCAGAAUGACCAAGAGGAGGAAAAAACUAAUAUUUUCAAAAAUAGUUUUUUUGUUCUCUUCUUUUGUUCUGUCAUGUUUUAAUUCAUUUUGUUCAUCUGUUUUUCGGUGACUGGGGCUGCACACGAGUCUCUGUCAGGUUCUGACAUUUUCACCAGUUCUUCGUUGCCGUCUGUCUGUCCGGCCUGUUAGCCAUGCAGCUUCUUUGAAGCUGGCUAAAGAGAUUCUUGUCCAGCUGCUCUGGUCUGCCCAAUGCAGUCAGCUAAUACAGUACCAACACUGAAAAGCAUGGGCCAGUCUAAAGAGAGCGAACCACCCACACGCCUUUGCCAAAGUCACCGCUCUCUUCUGAAACCCUCACCACAGAUAUCAUAGGGUGGCUGGCACUCUUCACUGCUCAAAACCCUUCAACAGUAUGGGAGGUGCAGAAUACUAAUGGUUUGCUUGUUUGUUACUUUAGUUACAGUCUGCUAGUCCUUGUAUCACCUUGAUGGUUUGUGUUUUUAUUAAAAGCAGAAAAAAAAUGA